AUGGCGAUCGGAGCGCCGGGGUCGUCGCAGCAGCCGCGCGACACAAGCAACAUCCUGGAGAACGUGUGGGCGACCAUCAUGACCGAGGCGCCGACAGGGUGCACGCCGAUGCCCGCGUCGUCGUCGACGGCGUCCACGUCUUUGGUGGAUCAGGCCGGCGCGGAGAUCCUGCAGCGGCUGCCGAGCCUCGGGAGGUGGAUCUCCAUGGGCGCCGACGAGUGGGACGAGCUGCUCAGCGUGGCGGACGCUGCCACACCGCCCAUCGCUGAGCAGCCGCCGCUCGCAGUGGCCUCGCCUCGAGGAGAAGGGCAGCAGCAGAGUGCCGUGCUCGGCAAGGUAGCGUUGCCCAAGAGCUACAGGGGGGUGCGGCGGCGGCCGUGGGGCAAGUUCGCUGCGGAGAUCAGGGACACGCGGAGGCGGGGCGCGCGGGUGUGGCUGGGCACGUUCGCCACGGCGGACGAGGCCGCGCUCGCCUACGACGUGGCGGCGCUGCGCAUGCGCGGCCCGCGCGCGCAUCUCAACUUCCCGAUCGAGAAGGUGCAGCGCCGCCUCGACCUGGAGCGCGACAACGGUCAGUUCCUGGACGCCGGCGACCAUUCCACGGGCCGCGCGCGCAGAAAGAGGAUGAGGAGGAGCGGUGCUACCGCCACGGAUCAUGCAAGAACCGUCGACGCUGACCUCACGGCGGUGUAUGGAAAUGGAAGCUCCGAUCAGAUGGUGUCAUUCGCCAGCUCGAGGAGGGAUCACGGGACGCCAACGGUGCAAGAUCGGCGCGUCAUGAGCGCUGAUGUCGGGGGAGCUGUGAAUCGAGUGAUCGAGGUUGAGGAGAUUGGCAGCGAGUAUUGGGACUAUCUGUUCCCGCCUCUGGUAUAG